UUGACGCGUGCCCCGGCCCCGGUAAUGUAUGGCGGAGUCUGGCGGGACUCGGCUGACGGCUUGGGUGCACGAGUCAUCGGCAAAGGCAGCAGAUGUGAUUGUGAGCCAUUCGGCGCUCGAUGGACCCGAUGGCACGCUGUACCGGCUUGUCAAAUUGCGAGAUAAUGACGACCAGACGGAGGUGCCGCACUUCCUCUUUCGCAAGUCGGCCAGCUCGCCGGGUGAGGUGUCUGCUCAGCUCGAGAUCUCUCUGUCCAGCGAGAUCGCAAAGCAGCUCAAUCUACUGAACCGGGAUGCAAUCCUUGUCCAGCAACUGGAAGAGCCUCUGAACGAGGCCUACCUUGCCACUCAUGUCGAGCUCUACUUCAAGGAUCAGCAUCUCGGACGUGCGGACAUGCAUCGCCUCUCGCUCGCUCUGCAAGACACCUGCGUCUGGAUCGGACAGCGGAUCAGCAUCCCAGGCUGCAACUUACGCGCUCGCGUUGGCGAAAUCUGGACGCAAGGGCAGCGCACGAAUUCUGCUUAUGUCACUCAUGCAACGAAGACCGUCUUUCGAUCCGAAAGCGCCAAGUUCUUCAUCUUCAUGCAGCUGUCGGAAGAGAUGUGGCACUUUGACAACGAUGGCUGCAUGUAUUACGAGAAAGCCAUUGGGCUCUUUCUCCCAGAACUCUUCACGCGGUGGGAGCAAGCCAGCACUGACCACGUCGUCUCGCUCGUCCUAUCGGCGCGUAUCUUGUACACGAAGGAAGAGGCCUUACAGAUGGCCAAAAUACCCACAAUGGAUCCCGACGGGCGAUACUAUCUUGACGUCUAUCGCGUCGUGGCAGAUUUGGAAAGUCACAGGGCAUGGUCGAGCAUCUUGCGCACGCUGCAAGCCGAAGUCUUUCGAUUCAAGCGCAGCGUUCUACUCGACCAUUCGCCGGUAAAAGAUCAAAUCUGUGGCAAGCUGUCGGCAGCGCACAACGGCAACGUACUCGAAUCGAUCAAUCUGGCCGUCAAUGCCUUUGACAAAAACUAUAUAGACCGCGAUCUGCACCGAACAGGCCUCAGCGUAGUCAUCGUGACCGCUGGCACUUGUCAUUUUCAUGUCGACAAGCUUCUGCUGCGCAUCACUACAGAACGCAUGCUCGAUCAUGGCAUAGGCAUGGACUGCGUAAGCUUGGCGAAGAUGCCAUUGCAUCAAGUGCCACUCUUCAGAUACUAUUCACACGAGCCUGUCGCCAAGAAAGAAGCUGAUCCUCGCACGAUCAUCGGCAAAGGGAUACCGUCGGAGGCUCGCAAGACCGCUCGCGGACGUAGGCCGCUCUACGGUCUCAGUCAGAGCAAUCGUGACCCUCUGUAUCACGAUGCUACUCACGGUAGCGAGCCUCUACUUCCCUUUUAUACCGUGCCACAUUGGCUUGACUGCAGCUUCUAUUCUCGCCAGCCUGACAAACCAUUCAGAGCAGACAGAUUCAUGCCACGCUGUAGGAUGCCCGAGAUCGAGUCGCUCGGCGCGGCAGAGCACGAGAACAGUGCAAUCAGCAUCGCACUGCUACCCCGUCUGGCUAUCGUCACAUCGAAGGACCAGCUGAAGUGGUCAGAGGUCGACAAUGCAACCAUGCGACGUCUAGCUCGUGAGCGUUUCGAUGCGGUAGCUUGCGGACGAAUGCGCGUAUCUCAGCAAAGCUUUGCUUCCACUCGCGCUUUUGAUACGGGCAGCGAAUCUCAAAAUGCGUUCGGUAUUCUCGACUCGGCGCAUAGUGACAGCCAGCAUUCUUUCGGAAUUGACGAUGAGGCUUCAUUAUCCUCUCCCAGCAAGCUGCCGUCUCCCGUCCUAGUCUCAGAACCACCCAGAGUAGCUACGCCGCCCGCCGCAACCACUCCACGCAUACCUGCUAGUCCUCUUCCGGUAGCGCAAGAUUCUCCUAAUCAGGAGAGCUCCGCGCAAAGCGAAGCGACGACACGGUCACGCGUCCGUUCGUCAUCGGUGUCAACCUCACGCACCUCACUAUCUCUUCGCACUGCUAAUGGCGACAAGCCUCGCUUCACGCCCCAGCUCAUUUCGCGCAUAGCCUCGCAAGCUGGCCAGGCACCUGCGCAGAUUACACCUGAGAAAGGUGCCAAUUGGUUCUGGCCGAGAAAGUCGAGCGCUGGCAAAAGUGAAGUCGCUGCGCCACAGAUUACCUCAAUCACGUCAAUCACUGGCAAAUUGGGAAGCCUUCGAAGUAACAACCAGGCGCAAGAGUCCGAGCCUAAGCCUGCUACCACAGACAUAUCCCGCAGUCAUCUGACGCUACCGAAGCCCUCUCAGCCCAAUGUGCUACCCGUCAGCCCUACCAAAUCCGAGCAGAUUUCGACCGUCGUGCAGCCAAUACCGUUGCGCAAAACUGCUACGCUUAACGAGGAAUCGGACCUCAUUUCACGCUCGCAUCGUUCGGACAUCAUUGGCUCAUAUAGGUCGGCCGGCGUUUCAUUCGAAGCCGAUUCGUUGGAGCAAAAACGCAAAUCCUUGGCAGUGCAAGAUCAGCGGCAUCGACUCAAUCCUUCCAAUCCGAGCAAAAGCACCCAGGUGCUGCUCAGACAAAGUCAGCGAUGGAUCAAUAUCUUUCCGCGGCAUGUCAAUGAUCAGCGCUCGGUCAAAUGGAAGUCCUUGUGCAGUCCGGCUUCAUUGCCGCUUUACACUACUCACUAUCCGUCAGCGCGAGAGCUCAAAGAGGCUUACGUCGAAAAGGGCUAUACGGUUCCGAUCAAUCAGCAUGUAUAUUCCUUCAUGGUAAAGCCAGCAAAGAGCAUGACUGAAGCAGCAGCGGGCGUGCUGAAAGAAGCGAUCGCUCAAAGGCUCUCGCAAGGCUUCCAGCUCAUCGUGCCGCUGGCUGGCGCGACGUCGACGCUCGGUCUAGCAAUGAUCGGGAGCGCAGAUAUCAGUCAAGCGCUCACUGAUCCUCUGCGUAUGGGCGCUCGCGCUAUAUACCUCAGCAUGAGCAGUCACAUCCACCGGAUACAGUACGACCAAGCGCUCAAUCAACUCAAGGUCACCAUAUACGUGCGUCGUCAAGAUUGGCUUAAGCCAGAUCAUGCGUAUCGAUGCGUUAUUUGGCCUUUCAAGGACUCGAUCUUUGAGCAGACUGCGAUAACAUUCCCUCAUCCCGAUCUCUCGCGCUUUGAUGUGAAGCUACUGGACCGAAUGAUCUGCGGGCAAGAAGCUGUUGAAGAGUUCUCGGACGCUCUACGAUAUCGACGAAUUCGCCUCGUGCUGCUGCCUGCGCCCAUACGCAAUCGCGAAACGAUCAUUUCUCAGAACAGCGAUGUGCUCGACGAGUCUUCGACCGACGAGGAGAUAAGGAACGAUGGCAUCAUCAAGCUCUACGAUCUCUUCCGAAAAUCGGCCUGGCUGCGCGGGCCCAGCAGCGAGACCGCCAGAAUUCUCAAGGUUCAGUGUGUAAUGACAACGGCUGAUCCGAGUAUCUACGCGAGACAAGUCGCGAGCAAGCUAGACGCAGCAUUGCCCACAAAGACCCAUACCGACGCUCGUGACAAGCCUAGCUUGCGAGAUUGCUCGUUGGCAGAGAUAGCAUCACAUAUGCUCGAUCGGAGUUCUGGCUUGCAGCUCGUCAACCGCACUUGGUACAUACAGCGAUUCGAGAAUUCUUUCAUCGGCAAGGAGUUUAUCGAGUGGCUCAUGUCACGCUAUAUCGAUUUGUCAACCCGCAAAGACGCCCUCGAAGCUGGCCAGCGUCUCCAGGAGCAAGGCCUUUUUGUACACGUCAGAGGAAGGCGUAAGCUUUUAGACGGCCAAUACUUCUAUUACCUGGCACCUGAUUACGCGCCCAUUCGCAAGAGCCGGUGGUUCAGCCGCUCCAAUGAAGAGCAGCGCCAAAGCAGUCGACCAGCAAGCCAGUCUCGUGGCCAAUUCGCUAAACGUAUCGUCAGCUCUGCUGCUGCGGCCGUGGAUCGCGAGGGCGCAUCUGCCGUCAAAAUGAGCACAUCGAUCGUCAUCGACCAUGACCCAAAGAAGCUAUCAGAUCGCGCAGAGACCGCCAUUCUGCACAUCGAGACAAGCCACAAUCCUGUCAACGGGUCACAUUUACAGAUUCACUGGAUGUGUACGUCUCGACUUGUCGACGAGCUGCUGCAGCAGUAUCGUCGGCUGGUCGAGCGCUACGGCUACCGUCUAGUCGAGGAGCAUGUCCACCAAAUCAAAGACAUUACGCAAGACAAUCCCUUUCAAAAGAUCACGCGUAUCGCACUGACGGUCCAGCCACCUGAUGUGCCAGAUCUCGGCGCACUAGCAGAUAGCAUAUUGCCGGACCAGUACUUUGAGAUGCAGCUUCUCAGGCAACAUGGCUAUCUGCUUGACGUCGAGGCAGACGAUCGCUUUCCGAGAGACGUCGAGGUCAGCUAUAGCUAUCGUCGCAACCACUAUGACUUCUGCCAAUUCAUCCAUACUUCCGGCAUAGCAUUUGUGCAAAUCAGUAGGGAUGAGGACGGCUCAUCCAGCUUCCUGUUCCUGCGCAAUAGAAUCUAUCUAUCGCAUGCUCCGGCGACAUCCGACCGCGACGCGAUAUCCCCAGACGUGCUUUGCUCCGAGCUGCGCGCACUAUGUAAUGACUCGGCUAGAUUGACAGAGUUUUGGCGUGCAGCGCGACAGCGCCUCUUGCAGGAUAUUGCCGAGGCGGAAGACGAAGCUGUCGCCACCGCAAACGCGAGCAUAUCCGCCGCCUGAUGUUGUGAGAUCAUUGCAAUCGUUGUGCAAGCGCGUCCAUAGCCUGUCGAAUAUGCUUUGGCUGGA